AUGGGUGAAAUGGAUUCCUUGUUUGGUGCGACCUACAUCGGCGUCGUGGUAUCAACAUUCUUGUACGGAAUUCUCACCCUCCAAACGUACAUAUACUGGUACAAGUAUGUGCACGACAGUACGUUUGAUCGGUGGUUUGUUCUGAUAUUGUGGGUUAUGGAUACACUUCAAACGAUAUGUAUCUGCCAUAUGCAAUACCAUUACACCAUCAUAAACUAUGCCAACCCGGCCGCUUUACAGUUCAACAACUGGUCUCUGAAUUUUGAGGUCUUCUUCACCGCAGUAAUUACAUUUAUGGUUCAGGCUUUCUUUGCUCGACGGGCAUGGUUCUUCACUAGGCGUAUCGGAUCUCGGCUCACUACUACUCGAAAAACCCAAUUACUUGGGGCUAUAAUUGGUGUGCUUGCGACUAUGGGCCUUGUAUUCGGUUUCACGUCAUUUGUGAUGACGUUUGUCCUUGGGAGGUUUUCACGCUUUAUCGAGUAUAGGUGGCUUGUUGGUUUAUGGCUCGGAGGCGCGUCGUUAUGUGAUGUUGUGAUCGUGUACAUGUUGUCCAACGCCCUCAUGACACAGCGAACUGGUUUCGGUCGAACGGAUGCGCUGAUUAACAAGCUUCUUUGGUAUACUAUCAACACAGGCCUAUUGACAAGCAUCUUUGCCAUUGUGGAUUUGAUCUGCUUCUGCACAAUGAACAACUUGAUCCACUUUGGUUUCAAUAUGGCCCUUGGAAAGUUAUAUACCAAUACACUUUUGGCGACUCUUAAUGCUCGAGAUAUAGAGCCUACCAACGUGGUUCACGUAGAAGAGGAAUCAUACAACCUGAAGGAACGAUCACAAAACUCUAGUAAUGGUCAGGUUAAGUUUAACCGCCCUCCAGGUAUCUCAUCAAACCAGGGCCGAGGGGAACCGGCGAUUCUCUUGCAGACCGAUUCUGUAGUUAAGGUUUCAAACGUCGAGCCCCAUCGAAGAUCUUCUCGAGACCAAGUGUACCAGGGUCACCAGGUCAUUGUUAUUCAGCAUGACAACCACGCGACAUACACUUCAAACAAGGACGCCGAGUUGGACGCCGAUGGCGCCGAUUCAGUAGAAAGCUUCAAGAAAGGGCGUGCAUAG